CCCACAAACACCGGUGGUUCCCCUGCAGUGCGAGAGAUCAGCGAUGGGACUAGGGACAGAGAGGGAGGAGAGCGAAAGCGAGGGAGGGAGGGAGAAAGGUGAGUGCUGCUGCAGAACAACAACAUUUAGCCUGGCUGAGGAGUUAAACGGCGCGCAGCAGCACAUCUGCUCCAUCCAGGCAUUAAUCCUGUUGUGAUAGCCAUGUUCUCAAAGCAGCUGCGGCCUCUGGCCUUUGGGAAAAUGUCCUUUGUGGUUUUCAUCCUGACUUCUGCCCUCUCAGUGACUCCCCUGCUGUCUGACAUAGACAAGGGACGGAGAAAGGUGGUGCACGUGCUCGAGGAUGACACCGGUGCGGUGAUUGUGCAGACAGCUCCUGGUAAAGUGGUGACACAUCGCGGGGGCUCCAUCACUCUGCCCUGCAGAUUCCACCAUGAGCCGGAGAACACCGAUCCUGCUCGCAUUCGGAUUAAAUGGACCAAAGUGACUGAUGCACUGCAGUUUGAGGACGUCUUUGUGGCACUUGGAAGGCAGCAGCGUGUGUUUGGAUCGUACAAAGGCCGUGUGUUUUUGGAGCAGGCAGGCCCAGGCGACGCCUCAGUGAUCAUCCAAAAUGUCACACUGGAGGACUAUGGACGCUUUGAGUGCGAAGUCACUAAUGACAUGGAAGACGAUACAGGAUUUGUCAACCUCGACCUAGAAGGAGUGGUGUUUCCCUACUAUCCCCGUGAGGGGCGCUAUAAGCUCAACUACCAUGAGGGGGAGGAUGCCUGCAAACAGCAGGAUGCCAUUCUGGCUUCUCACUCUCAACUGCACAAGGCCUGGCUGGAAGGACUAGACUGGUGUAAUGCUGGAUGGCUGGAGGACGGCUCAGUCCAGUACCCUAUCUCUCAUCCCAGAGACCAGUGCGGCCGCAAGGACACCCCUGCUGGCGUCCGUAACUAUGGCUACAGGCACAAAGAGGAUGAACGCUACGAUGCUUUCUGUUUUACUUCCAAGCUCAAUGGCAAAGUGUACUUCCUCAAACGCUUCAAGAAGGUGAACUAUGCGGAGGCGAUAAAGGCUUGCAUUCGAGAUGGCUCUGCUGUGGCCAAAGUGGGUCAGCUGUAUGCUGCAUGGAAGUUCCAGCUCCUGGACCGCUGUGAAGCCGGCUGGCUGGAGGAUGGCAGCAUCCGUUACCCCAUAGUCAACCCCCGUUCUCGCUGUGGAGGAUCCCAGCCAGGCGUCCGACACCUGGGCUUCCCUGAUAAAAAAUUCCGCCUCUAUGGGGUCUACUGUUUCCGCAGAAACGAGGAUGAAACAGCAGGUGGUACUGAAACGACAAAAAUCCCCACAAAUAGUAUGACAAAGAGAAAGAGCAGCCGCCGCAUCCCCAUGAAUGCUACCAGUGUGAUUUAAAGUGUAGAGACUGAGAGCAAGAGGGGGAUGCAAUUUAGAUUUGACAGCAACAACUGUCGCCUAGCAGCCGACUCCAUUCAUCGCUUUUAAAGUAAAACACUUACAGACAAGAUGUACUCAUUUGCAGAUUUGCCAGAGAGAAGAAGCGAGGCUGUAUAAAAUUAAGGGUGACAUCUUUAUUAGGGUGAUGUUCCUUCCGUCUCCAGUCAAUCAAUCAUCUUAAGGAGUAUGCUAGCACUUCUG